AUGUCUUUCUCGGCCAGUGUCUAUCUCUUGAUUCCAGUCUUGAUCCUUGGCCUCUGGCGACUGAGCACAGUCGGACGUCGCCCAGCGGGCUAUCCUCCUGGUCCACCGACCCUUCCUAUAAUCGGCAACCUGCACCAGAUCCCAAACCGAAAGCGCCAUAUUCAGUUCCAAAAAUGGGCCGAGGAGUAUGGCCCUAUAUACUCACUGAUACUAGGAAGAAAGGUCAUGAUAGUCCUAAACUCAGAUCAGACUGUUAAAGAUCUUGUAGAUAAGCGAGGUGGCAUCUAUUCAAGCCGACCAGAGUCAUACAUUGGUCAAGAUGUCCUUAGUGGAGGAUAUCGCAUAUUAUUUAUGGUAUAUGUCUAA